AUGGUACAUACACCGAAGCAGAAACGAUCACAAGAGAUUGACGAUCACAAGCUGUUGAAGAUGGUGUUACCGUUGUCUGCGUAUUCAGUAGAUCAGGCUAAGGCGCAAGUCUCGACAUGGCCGCUAUCACAGAUGUCGAUCAGACGGGCGCUUGCAAUACACUGUCUGCUACAGCUUUUCGAGAUACAGGCUGGCUACACCGUGAAGAAGGGCGACCUGUUUGACGACGUGAAGCUCUACUUUGAAUCAAACUACAAGGUUGAUAUUUGCGGUAGUGCUGAGAUGGGCAAGCUGGUGAAGUUGAUCUUCAACGCUCCCACAAAGAGAGCGGGCAGCAAAUCCGGGGCAAAGUACUGCUACAAGGACAUCAAGAUGAAGGACGAUAAGGUUGCCUGGUUUGAUACCAAUAGGCCCAAGAAGGUGUCCUUUAUCGAUAAUUCCGUCAGGUUCAAGGUGCUGAUCCAACCAUGUACCAAUUGUGCACUUGACGAUAUGUUUGAGCAGUUCUUAUACGACCAGAAGUUUGCCGUGUCGUCACUUGACACCAGCGACCAUAGACUAAGGGCCGUAUCGACAAUGCUCGUUAAGAGCGAUGUGUUGUUACAUAACUUUAUGAGCUCUGUUACAAGGGACGACAUCCUCACAACUAUGACACGCGACUGGAAUAGUCUGGAUAUUAUAACACUGCUGAAAGAAACUUCACAUCUACCUACAAACGCAGUGACCCUAAUCUCAACGUUCCCAACUGUGUUGGACUCAACGUCAUAUUCCCAUUUCAGUACCUCCAAAAAGGACUUCUUGCAAAGGUACUAUAAAAUCCAAUACGAUCGGCAACGUGCCAACUCGAACAAGUUGAAAAUGGUUCAAUUCCUGGCUGAGUUGUUCUUCAUUUGCAAUGAUACAUCCUUAUCAAACUUCAUAUUAAACUUCAAAUACGUGGCAACAACGUUGCUGCGGCAUUUAUCAAUGACUCAAAAGGCAAGUUUUGGAUCCUACUGGAUGCUCUACUGUUUUCUUGAUGAAUUCAUUCAAUUUUUGCUAGAAUUUUACUGCUAUAAAAAGAGCAACCAUCUUGCCCUCACUGAUCGCUAG